AUGCCCAGGGCGGUGACAGGAAUGGGCCACAGGAGCUUGAAGGAAUCAGACAGCUCUGAAGAGGAAAUGGAAGGUGUUUUCUGGGAUGCCAGGGGGGAUUUUAGGCAGCUGAAGGACAGCAGGCCCUCCCAACAUUCCAGUGACAUUGAAGGGCUCAGAGUGAGAAAGACUAGCCGGCCUGUGAGAUCAAAGGCCAGGAGGAUUGCUGCUAAUGUUCGGGAGCGCAAGAGGAUCCUAGAUUAUAACCAAGCUUUCAAUGCCCUCCGGCUGGCCCUCAAGCAUGACCUCAGCGGCAAGCGGCUGUCCAAGAUUGCCACUCUCAGGAGGGCCAUCCACCGGAUCACCUCCCUGUCCAUGUUCCUGCGCUCUGGCUCUGCUGCUCGGUGGCCCUGCAGCCACCAGGAAUGUCAGACCCAUUAUGGCAGAGCCCAGGAGGAGGAAGCUGGCUGGGAUGGUCACUCACAGCCCUUCCAGAUGCCGAUGGACUACAGCUAUGGAGAGGCUGCUCUUCCCUUCCAACUGCACCCUCCUUCUCCUCUCUACUUGAAAUAUUCUGAGACUCAGUUUUCCUCCCAUCAGGAAAGUCAGAAGGAGGAGUCCAUCCCUCCCAACCCUGUCUACCAUUCCAGUGGGAGCUGUCCCCUUGGGGAGCAACCCCCUUGCUAUCCAAAGUAUGUGGACAACCUCCGAGCUCCCUCUCCCAGAGCAAGUCCCUGGCAGCUUGGGUACCUCCGAGGACCAGGGCCGGGUUGCCAACAGUCUUUGCCCAUGCACUGA